AUGCUCCCUCCAAGCCCCGUAGGAUCCGUUGAGUCGGUCGCCUCGAGCUCCUCCUCGGGAUCCCCCGCAACGGAGGAAUGGAGAGAACCAGAACACCCGGAGAACGUCAUGAUCACUUUGUCGCUCACACCCGAUCCACCUACUCCCUCCCCGAGUCGGUUGCCCUUCGCCCGAUCCCAUUUCCGAUCGCGAUCGCUCGCAGAUAGCCCCAGCUUUCCUGUCAUGACGCGCGCUCACUCCUCGCCGGGGCUGGACUCGCGGGGGAGAUAUAUCUUCGUCCACGGUCGCGGCAUCCCUACAAAUAUGGUCGACGGCCCUGCGAAGCGCUACCUGCCACUACAGUUGCCUACCUCGGAUUCGUUCGAGCCUAGGAUGCUAUCAAGAAAAAACAUCUCAGAGACCAUUUCAGAGCACGCAGAGCUAGAUACUUCUAUGAUGUCGUCCGUCUCGCGACCUGACUCUCAUCCUUCGCCUUCGCCUGUUUUCCCACAUGCCAUACCCCGUGUGAGCCGUCGACGACCCUCGUCUCCUUUACACUUCUACCCACAGACCCCGUCUAGCCAGAUAGUUAGCAGCCCUUCUCCCUCUGCGCAUUCCUCUCCCGUGGUGCUCAGCUCCCGCUUCAACGAAUCCUUCCCGGGGUACUCAACGUCCUCCGCUUCGUCCGUACCCUCGACCCCUACGAGCCUCCGAUCCCGUAGCCCUAGUAUUUCGUCGCUGGAGACUAUCCCUGAUAUCCCAGACGCCGAAGCUGCAGCAAUUGAAGCAGACCGGAUUGCCGCCCUAAAAGCCGCUGCAGAUAGGGCUGAUGAAGCAGACGACGCAAACAACAGCAACCGGCGGCGCGGGGCAUCAGACGUAUCAGGUCCCUCUAGCUCCAUCCCAAAUAUGCGCGCCGGCUCGGGAAACUAUUUGGUCCGGAACGAUAAGCGCAAGCGAUGGAGUGUUUGCGGAGCAGAACGUCGCCAGGACCUAGACCUUGAAACAAUCUGGGAGGAUUGA